UCGCCGCCGCACUGCGCCUGAACCUUCUGAACGACGCUGCACGCCGGCCCGGCCACAGAGCUUCUCAGAGACUCAGAGGUCCCGGCGCCGAUAACAACCCGGGCCCCGCCGAGAAGCAGGCCGCACAGACCGUCCGCUGGGUCCAGAAGCAUGCUCUCCCUGGGUCGCCGUCUCCCCGCAGCGCCGCAGCUGCACCUGCAGGCGGGGCAGCAGCUGCAGCGGCUGCGGCAUCAGGCGGGGCUCAGGGCGUACCACUGCCAGACAGGCGUCCACGGAUACAGGCCGCGCCGGGAGGAACCCUUCCAACUGGAGAGGAAGAAUACAGAGGCGCGGGUGAAACAGAGCAACUUCUACCGCCUGGUGGAAGCCUUUCGCACCCAUGGACACAAGGUGGCCGGGACGAACCCGUACCGGCUCUCGGAACCAGCUGCCGUUCCCGAACUGGACGUGAGCCGCUAUGGCUUGCGACCGGAAGACGCAGUCAGCCCCGGCGGCAUCCUGGAGGGGUCGUGCCGUACGGUGGCGGAGGCCGUGGAAUCCCUCAGGGCGGCCUACUGUGGGCCCAUAUCUACCGACUUGUCGUACCUGGAGGAGGAGGAGCGCGAGUGGCUGUGGGCGCGGCUCGAGCGCGUGGCUGGAGAGCAGGUGGCCGCCGCGGACGCGCGCACCGCGGCCGAGGCCAUGCUCCAGUCGCAGGCCUUCGACAACUUCCUCGCCACCAAGUUCGUCUCGUUCAAGCGGUACGGCUGUGAGGGAGCAGAAAGCAUGCUGGCCUUUUUUCUGCAGCUCGUGAACUCGGCCGCCGACGGUGGCGUGGAGCAGCUGGUGGUGGGGAUGCCACACCGGGGGAGGCUGAACUUGCUCACCGGGCCGCUGCUCAUGGACCCCAGCGUGCUCUUCAGGAAACUCAAGGGUCUAAGCGAGUUUCCCGACUCAGCGAAAGCCUCAGGAGACGUCACCAGCCACCUCAUCAGCUCCGUGGACCUGCCCAACAGCCGCGGGGGCGCGUGCCACGUCACGGUUCUGUACAACCCUUCGCACCUCGAGGCCGUCAACCCCGUGUCCAUGGGCAAGACGCGCGCCCGACAGCAGUCUCUCGGCGACGGCGACUACGCGGCGGCCGAGCCCCGCCGCUGGGGCGACAAGGUGCUCAACCUCCAGAUCCACGGCGACGCCGCCCUGCCCGGCCAGGGCAUCAACCAGGAAACCCUGGCCCUCUCCAGACUGCCGCACUUCGAGGUGGGCGGGUCCCUGCACCUGGUCGUCAACAACCAGGUGGGCUUCACCACGCCCAGCGAGCGCGCCAGCUCGUCGCGCUACGGCACCGACCUGGCCAGGGUGGUCGGCGCCCCCGUGCUCCACGUCAACGGCACGCGCCCCGAGGCGGUCAUGAAGGCCGCGAGGCUCGCCGUCGAGUACCAGCGCCGCUUCCGCAAGGACGUGUUCGUCAACAUGAACUGCUUCCGGCUGUGGGGCCACAACGAGAUGGACGACCCGACCUUCACCAAUCCCCUGCUGUACAAGAAGGUCCGCGCCGGCAGGAGCGUACCGGACACGUACGGUUCCGAGCUCGUGGACAGAGGGGUGAUGAAGAAAGGGGAGCUGGAGAAAAUAGUCGCCGACCGCAUGGAGUGGCUCAACGACAAGCUGAAGAAAAUCGACAGCUUCGUGCCCAAGCCCACAUACUUCCAGAGGCAGUGGUCCUCCGUUGAGCAGGCUGGCGCCGCCGUCACAAGCUGGGACACGGGGGUCGACGUGCAGCUCUUGCGACACAUCGCUCGGAAGUCUGUCGAGUACCCGGAGCACUUCAACGUGCACCCACACCUCAAGAAAAUUCACGUGGAUGCCAGGCUGCGGCGUGCUGAGGAGGGUGCCGCCAUAGACUGGGCGACGGCCGAGGCGAUGGCAUUCGGAUCUCUUCUCGCUCAGGGAUUCGACGUGCGGAUAACCGGGCAAGACGUGGGGCGCGCCACAUUCUCCCACCGCCACGCGAUGCUGGUGGACCAGGAGACGAACGACAUCUUCAUCCCGCUCAACUCGAUGGAGGAGCAGCAGAAGGCGCACCUCGAGGUGGUCAACAGCCCGCUGUCCGAAGAGGCCGUGCUCGGCUUUGAGUACGGCUUCAGUAUCGAGAAUCCAAACAGGCUGGUCAUAUGGGAGGCGCAGUUUGGGGAUUUUUUCAACGGCGCCCAGAUAAUCAUCGAUACUUUCAUCACGAGCGGAGAGACCAAGUGGAUGCAGUGCUCGGGACUCACAAUGCUGCUCCCGCACGGCUACGACGGCAUGGGUCCUGAGCACAGCUCGUGCCGCCUGGAACGCUUCCUCCAGCUGACGGACUCCAGCGAGGUACGGCCAGACGGGGAGGACGUCAACUUUCAGGUCGCCAAUCCCACCACCAGCGCGCAGUACUUCCACCUAUUAAGGAGGCAGGUACUUCGAAAGUGGAGGAAACCUCUGGUCAUCGUCGCUCCCAAAAUUAUGAUAAGAAUGUCGGAAGCGGCGUCUAGCCUCAUGGACAUGGCUCCUGCUACGACAUUCAAGCCGGUAAUAGGGGACACCUCCGUGGACCCCCUGCGUGUCGAGCGAGUACUGCUAGUGUCGGGCAAGCACUUCCACGCGCUGGACAACCAGCGUCGACAGCUGGGGCGGAAGGACGUGGCCAUCGUCCGUCUUGAGGAGCUGUGCCCCUUCCCCGUGCACCAGCUCAACCAAGAACUGAACCGCUUCCCCAAAGCCAAGCACUUCAUCUGGAGCCAGGAGGAACCGCGCAAUAUGGGAGCGUGGACCUUCGUCAAACCUCGAAUAGAAAACAUGGUGGGGAGAAAGGUUCAUUUUACUGGACGAGAUACACUUGCUGCGCCGGCUGUGGGAAUAGGCCACAUUCAUCAACAACAAGCCAAAGAAGUAAUUGAAAACCCUUUUACAAUCUCCAUGUGAAAAUCUGAUACACAUACAAAAAUCAUGGAAAUGUAUAAGAAAUAUGUAAUGUAAGCUUCAAAGAAGAAAACAUAUUUAAGAUACACCAGUUUAUUUUUCAUUUUUUUGCAAGCACAUUAUUGUACACAGAACAAUAAGGUCUGAUUUUGUUUGGAAAUAUGUUACUUGCUAUAUCUAAUUAUAAUGUAAAACUUGAAGAAAUGUGGCAGUAAGUUCUUUCAUGGUAGAAGGCUCAAUGAGACACAUGAAUACGGAAGUCUUGAAAGACUCAAAAGCUAAGUUCACCUGAUGAAAUUGGUACAAGGUGCUUGAAGAGUCGUGUGACCCAAUAGUUAACUGAUCAAUGUACAUUUACUACACGUCACACUGAUAUAUGACACUAAAUUGUAGAAUUAAUAAUAAAAACUAUUAAGGUAUCUGCAA